AUGGCUGGUCCAUCUAAUGCAAAAGGAUCAACUUACAUUCAAGUAGAUGUUCAUUACGAUGGAAUGUUUUCCCCCAUUCCUCAUCUUAUAUACUACCUGAAUCAAAAAACGUCAAUUACAGAUGUCGAUUUUGGUGGAUUAAAUUUCAAGGAGUUCAUUUAUGUUCUUGAGGAUGUCACAAAGGGGAAGUGUCCUGUUGUCUACUACUGUCUUGGGCAUAAGUCAAUGCGUGAUGGGUUGACACCACUGAAAAACAAUGAUGACUACAGGAGGUUUCUUGAUGCUGCACAUGGUAACGAGGGAAAGAUUAAUGUAUAUAUUGAUCACUACAACGAUUCGGUGCUUGACUGGAUAGAGGAAGAAAAGGAAGAAAAAAGUGUUGAUAGUGAAAGCUCUGAUGAAGAUAAAGACUCGGUCAUGUCUGAUGCUCUAUCUGUUGAUCAUGAACCCGAUGAAGAGGUAAUACCAUUGACUAAAUCUGAUGAUCCCUUUCUUAACUAUAUUAGUGUUGUCCCUAGAGAUGAUUUUGUUGAUGAGGAUGAUGAUUCAGAUAAUGGAACCAAAGAAGCCCCAAUUUAUCCUUUUCAUGACUCAACUCAGAAAUGGGAUACAAUGCAACCCAUCCUUGGUAUGAGGUUUUGUAACCCUCAAGAACUUAAACAGCUUGUCUCAAACUAUGUAGUAGCAAACGGUUUUAACCUUUGGUAUGAAAAAAAUGAUAAAACUAGGUUGCUAGUCAGGUGUUGUAAAACUAGUGAAGGAAAGGCAGCAUGUCCUUUUAGACUAUGGGCUACUUGGAUGAGCAGUGAAAAGUUAUUCCAAAUUAAGUCCUUACAUAAUGAGCAUAACUGUGCUAGAACCUUCAAGUUUGGGUCAGUUGUUACUUACUCAUGGAUAGGGAAACAUUUUGUUAAUGAUAUUUUAGAAAAUCCCAAAAUGAGUUGUAGGGAAAUGAGGGAUAAAGUUAGGGAAAUUUUCAAUGUGAAGGUUAGUGUUGGACAAUGCAGGAAUGCAAAGAAGUUUGCACUUAAUGAGAUCGAAGGCAGUUUGAACACACAUUAUGAAAAAUUAUGGAGUUAUGGAGCUGAGAUAUUAAGAGCCAAUCCAGGGUCAACAGUGAAAAUUGGGACGGAUACAAUGCCUGAUUCCACAAUUUAUUUUUCUAGGAUGUAUGUUUGUAUCAAAGGUGUAAAGGAUGGUUGGAUUGAAGGAUGCAGGAGGGUUAUAGGUGUAGAUGGUUGCUUUUUAAAAGGUAUUUGCAGAGGUGAGCUUCUUUCAGCUGUAGGUAGAGACACUAACAACCAUAUUUACCCCAUUGCUUGGGCAGUAAUUGCAGGUCUUAUUGAGGAUGUUAAAGAAAGAGUACCAGAUGCUAAGCAUAGGCAAUGUGCUAGGCACGUCUAUGCUAAUUUCAAGAAAAAAUUUAAGGGUGCUGCAUAUAGGAAGCUUUUUUGGAGGGCUGCAAAGGCCACAACUGUGCAGAGGUUUGAAGGUAUAAUGAAAGAGAUUAGGGUGAUUGAUAUACAAGCAUAUGAUCACUUGAUGGAAAGAGAUCCAAAAUCCUGGUCUAGGGAUUUUUUUGUAUUGGACAGGUCUUGUGAUGCCAUUGAGAAUGGUAUUUGUGAAUCUUUUAAUGCUGUAAUUGUGCAUGCUAGGAAAAAGCCGAUUAUAACAAUGUUAGAGGAAAUUAGGAGGUAUUGGUAUGUAAUUCCCAGUGGAGUGCAACAAUUUGAGGUGAGGUCAAUACAUGAAGUUUAUGCUGUGUACUUGAACCAAAGAACAUGUGCAUGUAAAGGAUGGCAACUAAGCGGUAUACCAUGUAUACAGGCCAUGGCUGCUAUUAGUUAUCUAAAUGAGAAUGUGGAAGACUAUGUGGCAACUUGGUUCAUAACAGAAAUGUUUGGAAAUUGCUAUAAGUAUACAAUUAAUCCUUUAAAUGGAAGUGAAAUGUGGCCAUCUUGGGAAGGUCAACCUAUGUUGCCCCCGAAACGUAAAAGAUUACCUGGCAGACCUAAAGUCAACAGGAAGAAGGCUGCUUCAGAAAAAGAAGGUCAUCAUACUAUUAGCAAGAAAGGGGCUAUUACAAAAUGCAACAUCUGUAGAGAACCAGGACACAACAAAAUAACAUGUCCACUGUCCAAAGAAGGACCAAGUACUAAAGCCAAAAAGAAGAAGGGUAAACAUGUUCCUGAUGUUGAGGAUGAGUCUAAAUUUGAGAUUGAAGAGAUGGCUGAAGAUGAAGAUGAGUAUGAAUCUGAGUCUGAAUCUGAGAUUGAAGAGCUGGCUGAAGAUGGUGAUGAACCUGAUCAGGGACAAGUUGAUGAACAAGUUGUUGAAGCUGCUAUUGAACCUGUUGUUGAAGCUGUUGUUGAACCUGUUGUUGAAGCUGUUAUUGAAACUGAUCAGGAACAAGUUCAUGAACCUGAUCAGAAACAAGUUCAUGGACCUGUUGUUGAGGAACCUGCUGCACAACCCGUUGUUGAAGUUGAACAAAGAGCACAACCAUUGAAGAGGAAAAGGAAAUACUAA